CACAAAUAUCUCUAUCAAUUCUUCUUCUCUCUGUUCUAAUUUCACACUUUUUGUCUAUUUUUUUCAUUUCUUUGUUGGAUUUGGGAAGAAAUUUGGAACGGAUUCUUCUGUUGUAUUGUUGGAUUUUGAGAUUUGAAUUAUGGGUUUCACUCGGAUUGUGUAAUAAGAGUGAGAAUUAUCGAAUUAGUCUUGAGUUUUUAUUUUUAUUUAUUUAUUUAUUUAUUUUGUUCUGUCUGUUUCGUGAUUUGGGGGAAGGAUUUGAUUAAUUAUUGAAGAAUCGGAGUGGGGUUUGUUUGGAAUCUUGAGUUUCUGUGUAAAUGACAGCAAAUUUGAAUUUGAGGGUUCACUCAAGUUUCAUCCUCUACGAUUCUAUUUGGAUGUUAAUUUGGAGGGGUCAACUUUUGAUUCAGUAAUCAGGCUUGGGCACAGGAGCUUUUUGUCGUUCUUUAAGGAUUUUUGGUUUUUUUCCCCUAAUUUGUAAUGUUUAUCAGAGGGUGAUUGAUUACUGUUCAUCUGGUUUGUUAAAUUCAUUUAUCUGUGAGGAUUUUGAUUGAGAAUCAAUAAGGAAGGAAGAGUUGUUUCUGUAACUUGGAGGACUUUUUGGUUUCAUUAUGAAUAGAGGAAUGGAUUCAGUGAUUGAUCCUAUGAUGAACCAUGACAAGCAUUUAGAUUCUCAGCUAUGGCAUGCUUGUGCUGGUGGGCUGAUUCAAUUGCCUACCAUUAACUCAAAGGUAGUCUACUUCCCCCAGGGCCAUGCUGAGCAUGCCCAGGGAAAUGUCGAUUUCGGUAAUGCUCGAAUUCCUUCAAUCAUUCCUUGCAGGGUAUCUGCCAUAAGACAUAUGGCAGAUCCUGAAACUGAUGAGAUUUUUGCUAAGAUAAAGUUGAAUCCACUGGGGAACAAUGAAUUCAGUUUGGAUAAUGAUGAUGAGCUUCUAGGCCACAAUGAAAUUAGGAAUCAGGAGAAACCUACCUCCUUUGCUAAGACAUUGACACAAUCUGAUGCAAACAAUGGUGGAGGAUUCUCUGUGCCUCGUUAUUGCGCUGAGACAAUCUUUCCUCGGUUGGAUUACUCGGUAGAACCUCCUGUUCAGACCAUUCUUGCCAAGGAUGUUCAUGGUGAGAUUUGGAAGUUUAGGCAUAUAUAUAGAGGAACUCCACGUCGCCAUCUUUUGACAACUGGGUGGAGUAAUUUUGUGAAUCAGAAGAAACUUGUUGCUGGGGACUCGAUUGUCUUCUUGAGGGCUGAAACUGGCGAUCUUUGUAUUGGAGUUAGACGAGCCAAGAGGGGAAUUGGUUGUGGAAUUGAUUACUCAUCUGGCUGGAACUCAACCAAUUCAGGCUCUUCACUUGUGGGGUUUUCUGAUUUUAUGAGGGAGAGUGAAGGUAGAUUGGUGAGGAGAAACUCAAAUGGGAAUCUGAGCGAGAGAGUGAAGGUAGAAUCCAUCAUCGAAGCUGCAAUGCUUGCGGCCAGUGGUAAACCCUUUGAGGUCGUGUACUACCCAUGCGCUGGUACUCCAGAGUUUGUUGUUAAGGCCUCUGCUUUAAGAUCUGCAAUGCAAAUUCACUGGUAUUCUGCUAUGAGAUUCAAGAUGCCUUUUGAAACCGAGGAUUCAUCUCGGAUAAGCUGGUUUAUGGGAACUAUAUCUUGUAUCCAAGCAGCCGAUCCUGUUCAGUGGCCUGAUUCUCCAUGGCGAAUGCUGCAGGUGACAUGGGAUGAGCCAGAUUUACUGCAAAAUGUGAAGAGUGUCAACCCAUGGUUGGUUGAAGUGGUAGUAAAUAUGCCAGCUAUCCAUGUUUCCCCCUUCUCGCCACCGAGAAAGAAGCCACGUUUUCCACUUCCAGCAGAUACUUCUGUAUUUGGUCACCUUCCAAUGCCAUCGUUUUCCACCAAUAUCUUUGACACAACCAACCCCUUACAAAGUAUUACACCUAACAAAAUUCCUGCAGGCAUACAGGGAGCCAGGCAUACUCAAUUUGGACUCUCUUCACCCAACCUCCAAACCAGCAAACCGCAUUCGGGACAAUUUCCCACUGGUUUUAAGCACCUUGAUGAUGCCACUCCUCUUCCUGGCAUUCGAGGUGAAGGUAUUUUUGGUGGCAUGAGAAACCCUGAUAAUCAUUCUCACUGGCUAACAAUGGGAAAUCAUAUCCAAAGCUCAAACGAAAGCUCAAAGGAAAGCUCGAAAGAAAGCAAAGAAACAAAACCAGCUCAUAUCAUAUUGUUUGGCCAACUCAUUUUUCCUAACCAACAGAAUUUUAACAGCUACUCUGGAGAUACAACGAAUGCAUCAGAUGCGAAUCAAGAGAAAGCAUCAAAUCUUUCUGACGGUUCUGGUUUGUCAUCGCAACAAAAUGGUUCACUGGAGAAUUCAUCAGAUGGAGGAUCUACCUCGUACAACGGUCAGGACAUAACCGGUCUUAGCUUGGAAACUGGUCAUUGCAAAGUGUUUAUGGAGUUUGAGAAUGUUGGUCGUACUCUUGAUCUAUCGGCCCUCAGAUCGUACGAAGAAUUGUAUAGAAAACUGGGCAAUAUGCUCGGUUUAAGAAGCUCAGAAAUGCUGAAUUCUGUUUGUUAUCAGGAUGCACUUGGCUUUACAAAGCAUGUUGGAGAAGAGCCUUUCAGCGAGUUUCUGAAGAAAGCGCGAAAACUAACCAUACUCACAGAUUCUCGAAGUAGGGACAACAUUAGACGACAUUAGAGUGUAGGAGAAAAUUGAACUGUGUUUUUAUUGUACAGUUGAGUUAUAAGUUCUGUUGUUUGUUGUUUCUUUCCACCCCUUCUUUUUCUCCUCUUGCCAUUAGGGAAGCCUAAUUUUUGAUUAGUUGCAGUUUGAUAUGCAGCCAGCAGUUUUCCUUUGUUUACCCAGACAAGAACUGGGAUUGUUUUUGAAUUGUUGAAAACUCCAGAAUUUCCUAGUAGUGAUUCUCUUUUAGUAGUUACUCAUA